GAACAGUCGCAAAACAGAGUUUACAGAUCGGGGCAGUGUAGAGAGCCAAUUGGCAAUGGUCAAUGGUUAUAAGUUCCCUGACCUGUUAUCACAUGCCAAGUGCUACAUACUCACAUAUGAUGACGUUGUGUCACCCUCUCGCCAUUUUGUACAUUCAUCCGACAUUCAAUUCUCGUUCUCGGACUGCACACAAAUAGGCCCAUUCCCUUUUCAAUUUGAUACAAUCCAGUUUAAUCGACUCAUGUCAAUGCUUUGAUGUCUUCAAUAUGCCUCCGUUCCGCAAUAUACUAAACCGCAAGCCUGCGACUUCCGAUACAAAUGACAAUAAUGAGACCACUCAAGAUCAACAGGCCUUGGAGAGCCCGCGCUCUGCUCCAUUGACCUUCAGAAAUAGCAGAGAAGAAGUUCCUAAUGAAUAUAAAUUGAGUGUGGUCAAUGACAGCGGCGUCUAUCUUCCACCUUCGCCACCAGAGAAGCAGAGUUUCUGGUCGAGAUCCUCGAAUAAGACACCAACAACGAACCACCGAAACCUAGUCGAUGAAAAUGAACCAUUUUCCAUAUCCCGCGAAUCAUUCGACUCUUAUCGGCGGUCAUUUGAUAUCUCAGCCAAAUCGCCCGUUCUAUAUGCCGAUAACAUCCAGUCACGCACCUCUUUAGAUUCUCGAUUCUCACGAUUAAGUGAACGCCCUUCUACAAAAAGCCAGACGACCGGAGCUCCGCAAACCAUGGAGGAGGAAACGUUUGAAGAUGUGCGCUUAGCUGACGAAGACGUAAAGCCAAAAAAGAAAGGCUUAUUCGCUCGUUUUGGCGACAACUCAUCUGAGAAUACCGGCAAUAAUAAUAAUCGGCCCAGCUCUUCCCACCUGGGAUUCCGCCUACCUGGUCGAAAGAGAGGCCAGAGCGGCCAAGGAGCCGAGUUAUCAAACUAUAAGCUGGAGGUACCGACAACGGAAGUGUAGAUACGCUGCUAUCUAUAUGUUCGGAGGAGGUGUUAUUUCUUCUAUAUACAGCAACAUUCCUUACGAUCUUUUGUUGUGACCGAGGACUGCAAAACUUCCACAGCACGCUCGCUAAUAUCGGAGUAUUGUUUGGCUUGUUACUUGGAACCACGAAAUGUUCUCGGCGUAUUUGAAUUGGUGGUUGUUUGGGUAUUCAUGUAACUUAGACAAGUGCAUGUUUAGUAUCUGAGCAGGUGCAGAUACAAUUAUAAUGACUAAUACGAUGUCUACAAUACA